AUGAGAUUUGCGGUACUGAUUCUAGUGUUGGCUCUUACUACGUGCUUUGUCGUCGACGAGACACAAUUCGCACCUCCAACGAAACGAAAACACUUCAGAAGUAUAAUGGGCAGAAAAUGGGAAGCAAGGUCCCCUUCGGGUCCUGUUGUGAAAGUACUUGACUUUGGUGCCGAUCCAACCGCGACCGUGGACAGUCGGGAACACAUUCAGAAAGCUAUCGAUUAUGCGCUUUCUAUGUGCACGCGAGAGAUGGCGGACGGUAUCAAGGACUGUAACGGCGUUGUGAUCGAUUUGCAAGGAGGUCAGUAUCUACUGAGUGGACCCUUGGUGUUCCGAUCCUAUACUGGCAACUGGAGAAUGACAAGCGGAACGCUGCGCGCCGACAGCACAUUUAAUCCGGACGACUUCCUUGUGGAAGUGGGAACGAAGGAGUGUAAUAACAAGCAACAGUCUUGCAACCAAGGUAUUGGGUUCGAUUUCAUGAUGUUUGAUGCGUCUCACCAAGCGUCCGGCGCGGCUCGAGUCGAUCACACCAUGGGCAUGAAUUUCGGUCCUCAGAAUUUCGUGAUCGGAUUCAAUCGAACUGGAAUUGAAAUUAACAGUGGACACGAGACCUUGGUUCACCAGUGUUGGUUUGGUGAAUACUACUAUUCGGAUGAUCGAAAACUCAUCGGAAUGGGCACUGCCAUUGUUCUGAAUGGAAACGAUCACUAUAUCGUUGACACGAUUGUGUAUGGAGGAAAGAUCGGAGUCAUUGUGAAUGGCGAAGCCAGCGUGCUGAAGGGAGUCCACACAUGGAACUGCGACACUUCUCACGGAGGUGUUGGCAUCAUCGUGAAUGCCGGUGUAACUCGCAUGGAGAAUUGUUACCUGGACUACAACAAUCUCAUUCUCAACACGUUCUAUUUAACUGUGAUUCAAGAUACCUUCUUUUUGGGAAAUGGCCGAAUCAUCAUGAAUCCUCAAGGAGAGCAAGACGUAGUGGGACUCCGCAUUGCGAACAGCAUGUACGGAUGGGGAGGCGAUGGAAAAGACACCAUCUUAAUCGAUGAAAGCCAAGGCCACUUCCGAAGGAUCAUCAACACGCAGAUCGUCGAUACAGUAAUCGAGGAAGGCGUGAACACGAUCGUUGGCACGCAGGCAGACAAGAAACUGAGCCAGCAACAAGCCACGGAGUGGGAAAUCGACUUCAAAGCUUCGCUUCUAUUCAAGCAGAUUCAGAAAGUGCAGUGGUCGUUCGUUCUUGACGAGCCUUGCUUCUACCAGGCGUACGCGAUGGUGGAAGGAACCAAGGUGAGGGUGGUUACGAAUGUGCCAAUUUCGGGAACGCUGCAUGUGCAUGUGGAUGAAUCGGAGGAGUUUUAA